AUGAAUAAAGAAGCUCCUAUACAAGAUGACGAUGCGCAGUUGGCUGCUAUGGGCCAUAGGCCUGAGCUCAAGCGACAGUUUUCGACAUGGGCGAUGUUAGGAUUGGCAUUUGCCGUUCUCAAUUCGUGGACGGCUCUGUCAGCGAGUUUAUCAAUAAAUAUCACCUCUGGUGGUAGCACUAGUGUCAUAUGGGGUCUUGUCACUGCGGGUUUUUGCAACUUAUGUAUCGCGACAUCCUUGGCGGAAUUUUUGUCGGCCUAUCCAACGGCUGGUGGACAGUAUCAUUGGGUUGCAGUCAUUUCUUGGCCGAAAUGGGUGCCCAUCCUCUCCUGGAUUACAGGAUGGAUUAAUGUGGCCGGAUGGGUUGCACUUGUGGCCACCAACUCCCUUCUCUCGAGCCAGCUCAUUGUUGGAGUUAUCUCAGCGAUGCAUCCGAGUUAUGAGUCUACCCGCUGGCAGCAAUUUCUUAUCUAUAUCGGACUGACACUCGGCGCUUUCGCAAUCAACGCAUUUGGAAAUGCUAUCCUCCCGACGAUCUAUCGUGGCGCCUUUACCUGGUCAAUUGGUGGCUUCAUAAUUGUGUCCAUCACAGUGCUUGCAUGCGCUUCUCCAGAUUAUAACUCUGCUUACUUUGUAUUCUGUGACUUUGUUAACAAGACAGGAUGGCCCGAUGGUGUUGCUUGGCUGCUCGGGCUCUUGCAAGGAGGACUGGGUGUUACUGCUUUUGAUGCUGUGGCACAUAUGAUUGAAGGUAUUAUUUCCAUUUCCUCUCAAUGCACAGAGGAAAAGAAAUUGCAAGAUCUAACGAGAUCAGAGGUACCCAAUCCUUCGGUUGAAGGGCCUAAGAUUAUGGUCUCUUGUGUAGGCAUUGGCACCGUCACCGGGUGGAUCUUUUUGGUCGUACUACUAUUUGUCGCCGGUAACAUGGAUCAAGUUGCCACAUCUGCCGCGGGCCCUCUUCUGCAAAUCCUGAUCGACGCAACAAACAGUAAGGCAGGUGCAAUUUGUCUUCUCAUGCUACCCCUUAUCUGUUUGAUUCUUGCCAUUCUCAGUGUCAUGACCACGAGUAGUCGGAUGAUCUUCGCCUUUUCCAGGGACGGAGGUCUUCCCGCCUCAAAGUUUUUCGCCAAGGUUCAUCCAACUCUGCAGCUGCCACUCAAUGCCCUGAUCUUGACCGUGGUCGUGGUGAUUUGCUUUGGAUGUAUUUUCCUUGGCUCUUCAAGUGCUUUUAACGCUAUUAUCUCCGCAUCAGUUGUGGCGCUUGACCUGUCGUAUGGCAUUCCCAUCUUCAUUAAUUGUCUCCAGGGGCGCAAUGCCCUUCCCGAGAGAAGCUGGAAGCUACCCAGCCUAGUUGGCUGGAUUGCGGAUAUUGUUUCGCUAUCGUAUAUUGCUCUGACCACCGUCCUAUUCGUGUUCCCUCCGUCGAGUACUGUCACUGGCAGCAGCAUGAAUUAUUGCAUUGCCGCAUUCGCAGUUAUUAUCAUCAUCUCCGUCUUCCAGUGGAUUGUCGAUGGACGAAGAAACUUCACUGGUCCCCGUAUUGACCUGGGCGUUGAUGGCGUGGACACUGUGCAUACUACUGAGGCGAAUGAAGAUACCGAGAAA